GUUUUUCCAACAUGAUACUAGCUACGGCAGAGAUCACUAUUUUGCUUUAAACCACUUGCACUUGCAACCGGGCGGAGAAGUCGACCAGAGGGACUGAAGACCGUCUUCGCAGCGCUCAUUUGCAUUUCGCUCCUUGCCCCACAAACAUCUACAAACAUCCUGGUUCGACCACUACUCAGUACAACGAGAGGCACCUCCACCAGAAAAAUUCGAACAACCUCCACACUCGCUGGUUCCAAAUCCAUCACGGGUGUUUGAGGCGGCUUCGUUCAUCUUGUACAAGGUCUUAGUCGCGGCACACCAGCAGAACUACAUCUAUCAAGAGCAAACCCCGAAGAUGUCCGAGGAACCAGAGAACCCCAAUCCCGAGGACGGCGAGCUGAACGACGAGGAGGAGGAGGAGGAGCAGGAGUACGAAAGAGACCCGCUCGAGCAGGUUUGGGCGUAUGGGCUAAACGAUGCGAUAAAGAUCCAGGAGGAAAACAUAGCGGCCAAAUCCGGGAACUUCUUCGAGGAUUUUUUGAACUGCUGCGAGGAAUUUAGGCUCAUUCCGCAUCCGGCAAUGUCAAAAGAGAAAUUCGCGAACAGCAUUGUCUGCAAGGGGCUCUUGCUGGAUCUGUGCUCCGUGAAGAUCAUGCGGUACAGUGAGUUUGGAAAUGACAAAAAAUAUUGCCGGCUGCUUUCUGUUUUGACAUUUCAGAACAUCGAAGCAUUUCCUGGUGUAAGUAUGUUUUUUUGUCAAGCCCACACUUUCUUAUCACAAAAAAAAAUCAACAGGCACCUCCUCCCAACGUCCCAAACCGUUGAGCAUCUGAAGUUCACAAAUUGCCGUCUCGAUGCGGAGAUGGUCGGAUUGUUAACAGACGCGUUGGCGGAAGAGCGAACAACAGUAAAAACGCUAGUCCUGGACUGGAACAAAGUCGAGGUAUACAUAUCGCUUUGCGCUGGUCAACAUCUUCCGUUCCUCUGCGCCUUUUGCUUAAGACCCUCUGCAGCCUGACUGCUAUGUAUGAGAAGAAACAUGGGACACCCAUUAAAUCGAAAAAUCAACUUGAUGACAUUACAAACAGCUCCCCCUCAGCAUACCCGACGACGUGACGGAGAUUCCGAGGCUAGAGCAUCUAGAAAUCCAGCGACUCUCCGACCAGGGAAAACGGGACGCGCAACUGUGGAUCGAGCUGGUGUUGGAGUCCACCGAUAUGCCGAGCAUGAGGCACGUGGUCGAACGGCUAAAGAGGGAGCAGUGGGCACCCUCUGCUAGUAGGAGGGAUUUGCGCAGGUGCGACUUAGCGAAUGACAGGAUCGACUACCCGCAGUUUUGCUACCACUUCGGGGCCAGGAUAGGGGUAAGAAAGAUUUCACUUCUUCAUGACGCGUUUGUCAUUCUUCAUCUUCAUUUUGUACUAGCCGCAAGGCAACUCCAACUUUUGCAUCCCGCGAGGAGACGCGCUCUCUCGUUACCAUGAAAAUGUUGUUUGUGGGUGGGAAUACAAACUUCACAAAAACGCAUUCCACCCAGGUCCCGAUGCGCGACGACCUUUUUCAACGCGCGUUUGACUACUUCGACGGCCCGGCGUUUGGCGGAGGGCAGGGCAGUUUCAAACUCGACAUUGUCGAGAAGGGCAGUGAACAGAUCCCAAUAAUAACCGCUACCGACUUCCCCCCUGCGCCACCAGCAGAAGAGGCCGCCGAGGGCGGCGCAGAGCCGGUAGAGGAGGCAAGAGACGCAGUCGGGGCAGUAUGGCACAAGCUGAUAAACUCGAGUUUUGUGGAAAGUUUAUCAGCGAGGUGUAGCGGGCUGUCACGGUAUUGCUGUUUGGUUGUAGUGUCUUGUCAUAUUCCUGAUCGAUCGUGGCGACCCGGGCGCACUGAGUGCGCCCGGGUCGCAACUACGUUCUCUGAUGAACAUAAUGGGGAAGGCGCGUAGCGUUAUUGUUUGAUAAUGAUUUGUCCUCUCGUGAAUCUAAAUCAGGUUGGAAGCCCCAGCACUAGGUGAGGCCCUGCGCGGGCAAAAUUUCCUGCGGCAACUGAAUCUCUACGGCAACAACCUGUCGGACCGGAGUAUGGCAGUCUUUGCGCCCUGUUUCGCGGAGAAUAGCUCCCUAGAAUUCCUCGGUUUGGGGAACAACAGCAUAACGGAUGCGGGGAUGCAGUCCUUGUGCGAGUAUAUUGAUUCUAGUCUUAGUGCUCACGACGGUUUUUUCCAUAAUUCGCCACAUUCUACGAAAAUGGUUUGCCUGUCAUUUAUGGUGCGUUUUUUACUGAUCUGAACUACAUGGCACGAAAAAAUUUUGAAGUUGAAGCCCCUCCAAUACGAAACACCAAUCGACUUGCAGCUACCUCGGCGCUACGAUAAUUGAGGACAAGGCUCCCGCGGACGAACGAAUAGCCGCGCAGUCUGCCAGUAGUCUACCGGCGGCGAGCAAAGAUGGAGCGGGGAACGAGAGGUAUCUGCGGGAAGCGGUGCAUGUCGACCAAGUAAUAGAAAUACCACCGCCUGGGCCUGACGAGAACACGCCGACGAGAUACUACUGGUAGGAAAUGUGUUUUGUGGAAGAUUGAGGUGCAUACAUUCCAACGACUAUUCUUCUUGAUGUCAUGGUCUUUUAUUUCGACGAACCCACACAUGUUCACGCUGUACUGAACGAUGCGCACAAGUACGUGCUAGAAAAUUAAUCAAGUAUCGCUGCAGGUUCCGCAACAAGACCCUGAAACACCUGAACCUUUCGUCGAACCGGAUAAAGAACGUAGAACAGACGAAAGAGCUUCUUUCCCUGGGCAACCCCACCGCGGUGAUAGUGCUGAAGGGUAAUCCCGUCGUUGUGGAACUGCAAGCCGAGCAGUACGUGAGCCCCUCGCCCAUACCGCCGGUGGAAGACGGGGAGUUACCCACCACCGGAUGGCAGGUAGACUACGGGCAAAUCGUCGCGCCCGCACCGGCUUCACCGCCACCGGAGGAGAGAGUGUAGCUGCGCUCGGGCUUCAUUUUCGUGGUGGACAAGAUGCAAUAAAACCGAAUUCAUGAAGGAUAGAGUGUCCAUACUCGUCUGAAAAAGAAUAUCCUAGUUUUUAAGCCAGUUUCAACAAAAAGGCCGAGGUCGAAGUUUACGUUUCGCACGAAGAAGCUUCUCGUUUCGCACAGUGAAGAUUGAAUAGAACCCAAAAGAAUAGACGAGCGAUGAUACGCUUCGUUUCGCAGCUCGAACCUGCUGGAUCAUGUAGGAUUGUACCAAAGAAGAAAAGGAAUGCACUAAUCAAAGCAACACAUUGCGCAAGAGUGGAC